AUGCGGCGGAGGCUGGUGCUCCUGCAUGGUGGCGGUAAUGGUGCAGGGUACAGCAGCACCCCUUGCCCAGCCCCUACACUCCUAAGGCCUGCAGGGGAGCAUCUCAGGCAGAGAGCGGUUAUCUCAGCCUCGCCACACGCCUGCACCGUUCACUGCAUUGCCAAGUACACCGUAACAACUCCGACACUUAACAAGCGGAACAACACUGAUAUGGAUGAUGUACGCACACUGUACUCCGCUGCCAUCACCCAAGGAAGGUGGUCAGCAGUGUGUCAGGGUGUGGUCAACAGCGUCAGUGCAGUCAGCAGUGUUUUAAGGUGCAGUCAGCAGUGUCAGUGCAGUCAGCAGUGUGUCAAGGUGCAGACAGCAGUGUGUCAAGGUGCAGUCAGCAGAGUGUCAGUGCAGUCAGCAGUGUGUCAAGGUGCAGUCAGCAGUGUGCCAAGGUGCAGUCAGCAGUGUGUCAAGGUGCAGUCAGCAGUGUGUCAAGGUGCAGUCAGCAGUGUGUCAAGGUGCAGUCAGGAGUGUGUCAAGGUGCAGUCAGCAGUGUGUCAGUGCAGUCAGCAGUGUGUCAAGGUGCAGUCAGCUGUGUGCCAAAGUGCAGUCAGCAGUGUCAAUGCAAUCAGCAGUGUGUCAAGGUGCAGUCAGCAGUGUAUCAGUGCAGUCAGCAGUGUGUCAAGGUGCAGUCAGCAGUGUGCCAAGGAGCAGUCAGCAGUGUCAAUGCAGUCAGCAGUGUGUCAAGAUGCAGUCAGCAGUGUGUCAGUGCAGUCAGCGGUGUGCCAAGGCAAUAAUGCGUCACGGCGUCAGGCGUGCCAGUGUUAUGAGCAGCGUCAGUGUCGCCAGCUGUGUCCCGCCAGAGACGAAACUAGCGUCACAGUAUUACCAGAAACCCAGCGACUGUUACAUGAAGGUGACAGGGGAGAGUGUAACGGUGUGAGUCUCUUGAGGAACGCCGGUGAUUUACGAUAUUAUGAUCCUGGGUGA